UGGGCCGGGGGCCCAGCCGUGAGAGCCGCGUCGUGAUUGGCUGAGCGACGCCGUCCUUUUGAGACUCGCCCUCCUAUUGGCUGGAGCCGGGCGAGACGCUCAGCGCACAAUGUCUACCCGCUUUUGUGAUUGUAGCGAGCGGCCAGGACGCGGAGACAGCGAGCCUGAUAGUCCGCUAUCGACUCCGAUACACUCAGAUUAGAUGCUGGAGGGGGAAGGGGGCACGACUUACUACCUCUCCGUCCUUGUCCAGAAGACAGCGUUUCGCUAUUCUCCAACAAUACGACCGAUGUCAGGAUGUCCGUGAACUCUCCCAACAGUAAUGAUGCCUGCCUCAGUAUCGUGCACAGCCUCAUGUGCCACAGGCAGGGCGGCGAAAACGAGGGCUUCGCCAAGCGUGCCAUCGAGAGCCUGGUCAAGAAACUGAAGGAGAAGAAGGACGAGCUGGACUCCCUCAUCACCGCCAUCACCACCAACGGAGUCCAUCCCAGCAAGUGUGUGACCAUCCAGAGGACGCUGGACGGACGCCUACAGGUUGCCGGGCGUAAAGGUUUUCCUCAUGUAAUCUACGCGCGGUUGUGGCGCUGGCCUGACCUUCACAAGAACGAGCUGAAGCAUGUGAAAUUCUGUCAGUAUGCAUUUGACCUCAAAUACGAUAAUGUCUGUGUCAACCCUUACCAUUAUGAGAGAGUGGUGUCACCAGGCAUCGUUGGUCUCAGUCUUCAAAACACGGGUCCCACUGGCAGACUAAUAAAGGAAGAGUACAGCCACGACUGCAUUCAGAUGGACGUUCCCCCUGGCCUGCCUCCUCAGCAGGACCACCAGGGGGCGAUGAAACUCCCUCCUCCGGACCACUACGGCCAGCCACUGCCUCCUCUACAGCUGCCUUCAGAACCCAGCCGCGCCCCCCCACCGGUCACCCUUUACUCCAACAUGCCCCUCUCCCCCACCGCUUCAGGCUCUAUGAUGCCGAUGCAGGGAGGUCACGGUGAAGGCUUACUUCAGAUUGCGUCUCCUCAGGGUCAAGUCAUGACCCCUACACCUCCCCCCUCCACCCCCACACAUGGACCCCCACAGACCCCCGUCCCACCGCAGCCUCCACCCAACCAGAACGGCUACAACAGCUCCAAACACUCCCAGACGCAAGGCUCCUUUCACACAACCUGGACAGGCAGCAGCACAGCCUCCUACACUCCUUUAGGACCCCAGCAAAACGGUCGCGGCCACCAGCCUCCUCUCCACCACCCACACUUCUGGUCUCAGCAUCACAGUUCAGCGUCUUUCCCCCCUCCAGUCUCCAACCAUCCAGGUCCUGAGUUCUGGUGCUCCAUCUCAUACUUCGAGAUGGAUGUGCAGGUGGGGGAGAUGUUUAAAGUGCUGUCCAGCUGUCCGGUGGUGACGAUUGACGGGUAUGUGGACCCCUCAGGAGGAGACCGCUUCUGCCUGGGUCAGCUCAGUAAUGUGCACCGCACAGACGCCAGUGAGCGCGCCAGGUUGCACAUAGGUAAAGGAGUGCAGCUGGAGUGCCGCGGCGAGGGCGACGUAUGGAUGCGCUGCAUGAGCGAUCAUGCUGUCUUUGUGCAGAGUUACUACCUGGACAGAGAAGCGGGUCGAGCGCCAGGAGAUGCAGUGCACAAGAUCUACCCAGGGGCCUACAUAAAGGUCUUUGACCUCAGGCAGUGCCACAGGCAGAUGCAGCAGCAGGCGGCCACGGCGCAGGCGGCGGCGGCAGCACAGGCCGCGGCGGUGGCAGGGAAUAUUCCAGGACCAGGAAGCGUCGGUGGAAUCGCUCCUGCAGUCAGCCUCUCGGCAGCAGCAGGGAUUGGUGUGGAUGAUCUCCGGAGGCUGUGCAUCCUGCGCCUGAGCUUCGUGAAGGGCUGGGGUCCUGACUAUCCGCGGCAGAGCAUCAAGCACACCCCCUGCUGGGUGGAGGUGCAUUUGCACCGGGCGCUGCAGCUGCUAGACGAGGUGCUGCACACUAUGCCACUGGCAGACCCUGGACCGGCUAACUGAGAGCGAACAAUACACAGCAAACACUCACCACCACACAGAUACUGGACGCACUACAGUAAACGUGCGAAGAGCAUUACCUGCUACAGUGUGCUUCGCACUUUUAUCAGUUAUUAGAAUACCAAUGAAAACACCACAGAAAUUCACUAUUCUAAAAUUCAUGUUUUGGAAAGAUAUUUCAGUGCAUUUUCUUGUUCUAUAGUGAAAUGUUGCAUUUCUUUUCGGGUUAAUCUCACAAAAACAUGUCUAGGUCAUAUUUCGCUCUAAUAUAAAAAAAUUAUAUUUGCUUAAAGACAAUGAAGACUAUUUUUAGGAAUUUUUAUUUUUUUUUGCAUUAUGA